UACAAACCCUGAAACAACCCAAGUAAAAGAGAACACUUCACUUCACUUCUCUUCUCUUUCCUCUGAAACCGCCUCUUUCUUUCUAUAAAAUUACCCAAACUCUUUAAAAAAAAUACCCAGAAAUUUGUGAGCAAUUUCAGUCUUCAGAGGCAGUUUUUGUUUCUUUCUCUCUCCUCUUUUUCUUACAUUCAAAUCCUUCAAAACAUCAGAACACUGACCUUAUAAAAGUCUUCCCCCUCUGUUGCACCUUGUUUUCUCAGAUCUCUUUCACUUAAAAACACCUACCAAAAUGAAUAAGCAAGAAAUCUUGAAAACCCAGAGCUGUGUUCUUAGAGUGAAUAUACACUGUGAUGGGUGCAAGAGUAAAGUGAAGAAGAUACUUCAGAAAAUUGAUGGGGUUUAUAACACAAGUAUAGAUUCAGAACAAGGGAAAGUGACAGUAACUGGGAAUGUUGACCCAGCAGUUUUAAUUAAGAAGUUAGAGAAAAAUGGAAAACAUGCUGAGUUAUGGGGUGGUUCUAAAGGUUCAAAUCAGAACAACCAGUUUAUGAACCAGUUUAUGAACCUUAAUGAAAUGAAAAACUUCAACUUGGAUGGGGGUAAAGUUGGAAAAGACAACAACAGCAACAACAACAAGGGUCAAAAGGGUGGAAAAGAGCAACAAAAAGGAGGUGGUGGACAACAACAGCAGCAGCAACAACAACAGCAGCAGCAGCAGCUGCAGCAACAGCAACAGCAACAGCAGUUGCAGCAACAGAAGCAGCAACAGCUUCAGUUUCUUCAGCAACUUCAGCAACAGCAACAAAUGAAAGGGGCAAAAAUGCCCUCCAAGGAGCAAAAGACAGUUAAGUUCAACUUGCCAGAAGAUGAGUUUGAUGAUGAUGAUGAGUUUGAUGAUGAUGAUUAUGAUGAUGAUGAGUUUGAUGAUGAUGACUAUGAUGAUGAUGAGUUGGAUGAAGAUGUGUAUGGUCAUCAUCAUCAUCCACCUUCUAAGAAUGUGCCUGUUAUGGGCAAGGAAGGAAAAGGUAAUGGAGGCGGUGGCGGUGGUGGGGAUAAGAAGGGUAAAAAUGGUGGCAGUGAAAAGAAAGGUAAGGAAAGCGGCGGUGGCGGUAAGAAAGGAGGAGGUGCUGGUGGAGUGGCUGGUAUACUUAAGGGUAUGUUAGGGGGUAGUGGUGGAAAUAGUGAAAAGAAGAAGGGUAAUGAUGGUAAAAAGGAUGGGAAAAAGGAUGGGAAAAAGGAUGGUAAAAAUGGUGGGAAUAACAAGGGUGAAGGUGGAGGUCACCAAAGCCAAGGAGGUGGUGGAAAGCAUGGUGAAAAUGGUAAAAACAAUGGUGGUAAAGAUGGUGGGUUUGAGGGUAAAGGUGGUAAAAAUGGUGGAUUUGAGGGUAAAGGUGGUAAAAAUGGAGAUAAAAACAAGGGUGGAGGCAAUAAUGGAGGAAAUAACCACAAUAAUAAUGGUGGGGGUAAAAAAGGUGGAGGUGGUGGAGGAGCAAUGGAUAACUUCAAGGGUAAUGGCAACAUGAAUAUGGGCCAAAUAGGAAAUUAUCAAAUGGGCCAAAUGGGCCCGGCCGCAGCUGGAUUGCCAGCUUCCCACAUGAUGAGUGGUGGUGGCGGCGGUGGAGGCGGUGGCGGGUAUUAUCAAGGUAUGGGUCCGGGGCCGAGUCCAGGGCCAGUCCCGAUGAAUCCGCAGCAGCAGUACAUGGCGGCGAUGAUGAUGAACCAGCAAAGAAUGAACGGUGGAGAUGGUUAUGGGAUGAUGCCACAGCAAGCACAGCAAAUGAAUAUGAUGUAUGGACGGCCACAGAUGGGUGUAGGGUAUGGUCCUCCAAUGAUCCCUCCUCCAGGGUAUCAUGACCCUUACACUUCCUACUUUAGUGAUGAGAAUACUAAUAGUUGCAGUAUCAUGUAAAUUCUUCUUUGUAAUUUUUAUUUAUUUUUGGUUUUAAAUUAAUUAGGUUAGAUUGGUCGAAAUCUAGUGUGUACUUAGAGCCUAAAUUAAUGUUUUUAGUUUCAUGUGGGCUUAUCUUUUCUUCUUUUAUUUAAGUUUAUUUUUAGUUGGUUGUUUUAGUUGAAUGUAGUGUUUUAGUUCAACUUUGGAACUUGGAAUAGUUGAAAAGUGCAUUCCCGUGUAAGAGUAGGAAAUGUAAGUUUUUGUUUAUGAGUAAAAUAUACUACUCCGCUUGAAAUCUUUUAUUGAA